GUAUUUCGUAUGAAAAAUGAAAUGAGAAGCACCAAGUAUAAACCAGUAGACUAUCAACAAUUGCAUGCAUUAACCGAAGCAAAAAAAUUAGCUUCUGCCUCUACGGAGCUAAAGAUCAGAAAAGCAGUGCAGACUUCAAAGAUAUCUAAGGAACAAACACUAAUAAAGCAACACAAGCAAGUGUGGUGGCAAGAACACCAAAGGCUAAAUGAAGUCAGAUGUAAAAUGGAAUCUGAAAUAAAAUCCUUACUCAAUGAAGAGAACAUUGGAAAUGAAUGUCUUUCUGACCUUAUGAAUUUCGAACAAGAGUUAUCAGAACAAUGGUGCACAUAUCUUAAAAAUGUAAUAAAUCCUCUUCAGCAAUUGAGAGCAGAUCUAAAAUACAGACAGCAUCACAUUUCACAGCAUUCACACUCGCACAGUGAAUCUAACUCUGUGAAAGUGCUGGAAGAGGUUGACUUCGUGAAGAAACAAUUGAAAGCCGUCUAUGAAAGACUUAGGCUAGAGCAACAGAAAAUAGAAAAUUAUCUUUCAGACUGGAGUUUGAAAACACUUGAUCAUUCUUCAGAAGAAAGAAGUAACCUGCUUAGUGAAAUGCCCGUGGAAUUAGAAACUUUGGAAUGUCCAUACCCUGACUUGAAGUUUUCAAUCCUUAAUGAAUUCUGUAACUUUACAGAGAAAUAUCAAAAGAAACUUCAAGAUUUUGAUAUGCAGUUAGAAGAUAUAUACAGAAACUUCCAAUUAAGUGAUGAAGACCACUGGUUUUACCAGGCUCUUGUGGAUCAGUAUCCUGGGGAUCUCAGUGGCAGAAGGACUCUGUAUCUGGACAUGUUACAAAGACAUUUUCCUCACAAAUCGAGGCAUGAUUUGGUCGAGCAUGAAAAAUAUUGUGACCAAUAUCGCUUUGCUAAGGAGCAGCGAAGGAUCCUGAUAUCAAGUUGGAGUAAGAAUAGGAGAGACUUUAUACAGAAGGCUGUGCUGACAGUGGCCGAGGCCUGUGCAACUCAUGAAAUGGAAAACAUGUUGGUUAAGGAUAGGAAAAAGCAACAGGAAGCGUGUGCUGAUCUGAAAGCCAAGGUUCUUCAGUGGCGAGCCCACCAGGAAGAGGUAGCAAGACUGGAAAUGGAAAUUUCUGCCAGAAGGAGAGAAAAGGAAGAGGAGAAAGAGAAACUGUGGAAGAAGAAGGAAUUGUUACACAGAGAAGAGAAGAAAAAAAAAGUAAGAAAAUACUGGGCUAAAAGAGAGCAGAAAUGGCAAGAAAUGGAAAUGAGAGAUCUUCAGCGUCUGGAAGAACUGAAGAAAUUAAUGGCUGAACAGUCAGUAAAAGACAGAGAAAGGGUUAAGUACAGACGAGAAUUAUUGGAAAAGCGUUUGAUGGAGAAAAAAGAAGUGACCCUUCAAGAAGCACUUGAAGAAGCAGAGAGAGAGAAGCGAAUAGAAGCCCUGAGGAAACAGGUUGCUAUUGUCGCUCAAUUUGAUCCUGUUAGAAUGAUGUCAGACACAAUGGCAUCAAAAGCGAGGAUGGGUAUUGGAAUCGAAGAAGAAUUUAUUCUUCAAAAGCCACUCUUCACAUUGAAUACAUACAAUGAACAGCAGAUAAUUUCUGACCCUAGACUUCGUUUUGAGUUAGCACUUCGAGAAGCUGGACUUCAUAAAACAUUUUAUGCCAAGGAGAUAUUACCAAAAAUCGGUCCUCAAAAACCUCCAAGAAAGGAUACAGAGUCUACUGUAUUCAAAAUCUAG